ACUUUGUGCAUUUCGUUGGUUGUCGAUUCAAAAAAAUCAAUUUGCGCACGUUGUUUUAAUGUUUACCCACCACAUCCAACAUGGCUGACGUGUUGACGUCUCACAGCCACGGAACAAGACGCUCAAAAAGAAGGCAACGUUGUGACCGUGAUGUACUUCAAAUCUCGCGACACUCGGCCUCGCUCCUUGUCUACCUGCGCCUCAGCUCCCGCCCCCUGUCCAACCUCCCUCCCUCCCCUCUCGUCUUGAUUGGCCGCGUUCAAAGUCCAAUGUUUGGCCGAGGACGGAGGAAGGAGGGGGGCCUACAAUCACCGCCGCUAAUUCCAGCCGCUCCUCUGAGGCUUCAAUCCCGCUAAAGAGGCUUACCAGCCCGGUGGCAGGAGGGCAUUCAACGGCGCGAACGCAAAGUAGGACUCUUGUUUCCGGCUAUACGGCUGGAAUAUUCGAGCAAAACCAACCUGGCUCUUCACCUCUCGUUCCGGUGUCUCGCUUGUUGCGCUCCGCGUUUCCUUUCGCUUUGGUUCAGGGUGAUGUCCGGCGUGGGCUCGAUGACACCGCUCAGGUCUUAACCACUCGAUGAGUGUCAGCGACGGAAUGUGUGCGUGAUUUCACGGCUUCCCGUCUUUUUUCGUUACUUUGGACAUUUUGCUACCUCUACGAUGUGUUUUAACACCAUCCCUCAAAUGAGGCUUGGUUGAGCGUUCUCCCCUCCUUCGAAGUAAUUUUCCAGACAUAUCGAGCCAUGGCCAAGAACCAGUCUGAGACGGCGGGCGACGACCUGGGCCAGCUGACCGACGACGAACUCCUUCGCGGUGGGAAGGAGGAACUCCUCCGCUUGCUGCGCCGCGUCGAUGGCGAGAAGAUGAACCUGAUGAUCGAGCACGGCAACCUGAUGAAGGACAUCAACCGGCGGCUCCAGGUGCACCUCCACGAGAUCCGCAGCCUGAAGGAGGUCAACCAGAAACUCCAGGACGACAACCAGGAGCUCCGCGAGCUCUGCUGCUUCCUAGACGAUGACCGGCAGAAGGGCAAGAAGCUGUCCCGGGAAUGGCAGCGCUUUGGUCGCUACACUGCAAGCGCCAUGUGGAAGGAGGUUGGCGCCUACAUGCUGAAGCUCAAAGAGCUGGAGGCCAACCAGGAGACGGUUCUGCGGGAGAACACCGAGCUCAAGGAGAUCAUCCUCAUGCUGGAUGAGGAGAGGAACGGUCCGGGCUCCAGGAGCUCCAUAGACAGUCAGUCCAGCCUAAGCAACCUCAACGGGGGCACCGGCAUCAUCCGGGACGUUGGGGACGGGAGCAGCACCUCCAGCGCUGGAAGCGCCGGGAGUCCGGACCACCACCACCACCACAAUCACAACCAUAACCACCAGCACAACCACGUGAACAAGACUGUCCCGGAGGCCGCCAAGUUGGGCCAACCCAUGCGGAGGUCCAUGGACGACAUGUCGGUGCCGCACCAUCACAGGAGCAUCCCCAAUGGACUCAAUGAUUCCUCCUCCAACUACAUCCGGCAGCUAGAGACCAAAGUGCGAAUCCUGGAGGACGACAACAAUAAGCUCCUGUCGCAGGCUCAUAGCCGUUAUAGUUUAUCACAGAUACAAAUGAAGAAGGUAACUGUUUUCCACUCGCUUCUCUCUCUCUCUCUGGUGGUGGAAUUUCAGCUCAGCCUUUCGGUGUUUCACCUGCAAAGGGUGGACACACACACACACACAAAAGUCACACUGAACCUCACAUUUGCGGAGAACUUACCAAUUGGCUUUCUAUCGCCAUCAUUGUUGUCUUGAUGCUAAGAUAAACUAGCAGCUAAUGGCUUGUGCCUCUCGAUUUUUUUCCCCCCAAACUCUGUAAUCUGAACAAUUUAGUUAGGUUUAAGGUUUGAAUACACCUGAAACAUUACUCAGUUUCACGUCUGUCUGUGUGUGUGUGGGUCCAUGCCGUUUCUUUUGGUUUUUGUUGUCCACAAAUGUUUUGCAAGGUGGAGAAGUUGCUCUUGUCCCGGCUUGCCAGGACGUCUUGCCAGCGGCGG